AUGUCUACGAAUGAGCGAACUGAUGUAUUGAAUACUAUCAACCUUGUCACGCAAUGUCUCUGCAUUCCGAUUGUCACCGUCUUUAUAUUCCUGCGCUUUGGCAUCCGUGCCUGGUAUAGACAAUGGGCUCGAGCCGAGGACUGGACCUGCUUGUUUGCAUGGCUUCUCUUCAUGGGAUACUGCGGCAUUGCCAUUGUUGUCGGUAACUAUGGCGGAGGCUACCACUACUGGGACGUCUCAGACGAAGACCAAGUCUACUUCCGCAAGUUCUGCUACAUCGCCACAGUCCUCUACUGCCCCAUGGCCCUACUCGUCAAAAUCGCCCUUCUCUCAAUCUUAAUCCGCAUCUUCGCCCCCUACAAGCGCCGAAUCUACUUCAUCUACGGCUUCCUCGGCGCCCUCACAAUCUACUACACCAUCGCCGAGAUCGUCAAAAUCCGCAUGUGCGAUCCCGUCCCGGGAUACUGGACCCUCGACCCGAACGCAAGCUGUCUCGACCAGCGAGCGGCUCUUAUCGCCGACUCCGUUAUUAGCAUGGUGUCGGAUAUUCUGAUCCUGACCCUGCCGCUGCCGCUUACGUGGUCGCUGCAGAUGUCGCGAAAUAAGAAGCUGCGUGUUAUCGGGAUGCUCUCGGCCGGUGGUCUUGCCACGGCGUUUAGUAUCUAUCGCCUUGUCCUUGUCCUGCGCGACGGCAGUUCCCCGGACAUGACGAUCGUUUUUGUCUGCGUGAUUCUCUCAGGAAACGCCGAAGGCGGCAUGGGUCUAAUCUGCGCAUGCCUCCCCUCGCUCAACAUCGUAAUCAGCAAAGUGCGCAACCACAGCUACAAGUCCAACGGGUACUACGAGAACCAAAGCUCGUCAGUCCCGCUCAGCCGUGUCAAGGGCGGCGGCAGCAAAGCCGGGGUAUCUAUGAACCUGUCGCGCCGCGAACCGGAGCCGCACGAGGUGAACUCGGAUGAGAGUCAUUUGAUUUCGUAUGCGGGCGCGGUGGAUCGCAGUCAGACGGAGCUGGCACAUGGUGGGAUUCAUAAGACCAUUGAUGUGCAGCAGACGUUUGAGGUUGUGGAGGGGGAUGGGCGCGGGCGUGGGAGUGGGAGUGGGAGUAGUGAGGAUGAGGGCUUGAAGGGGCCGAACUUGAAGGGACGGAGGUAUUGA